ACCUAAAAUUUAGGAGCCUUGUCCCAUCGAGCCGCCGCCAGCCAGUUCCCCUCGGGAUCCAUUCCCCACCUACCAACAGCCAGAUGCCCGAUCCAAAAUCCAUCGACCGAUCCCCACAAACCCCCGCUCCUCCUCAGUUUCCAUGCCCGACCAAUCAGCCUCUUUCUGCCCGACUCCCAUACCGAGCUCGGCUCGAUCCUGAGCUCCUCAACGUCGCCGUCCGGCGAGUCACCAGGAGAAGCCCCGUCCCCGCCAUGGAUUUGACCACCGCCGCCGGAGCGCAACUCCAUGGCCUUCCUCGUCACGUCCGCUGCCUGCAGCUGCUGAAUCCGGUCCGUCCCCAGCAGAUCCACCUCAAGUUCGCCGCAGCUCCUCCCCAUCGUCCUUGCGCUGUCUCUAGGACCAACCGGAGCCCCGCCGUCUUCGACCCGAGGCCUCCUGCCUCCCUGAUGCGCGUCGCCUCGAGCCCCAGUGCUCCAAGGCCGCUUUUUCUCGUCAGCCAUGGGCGCCAUGUUCGCAAGCAGCAGUCGCCGCCGUCUUCCCCUGCCUCGCCUCGGAUCCUACCUGGGACGCCGUCUAGCGCCCGGAUCCGCGCCGCUCCACGGCCCCGUCUCCGGCCCUGCUCGCCGGAGCCGCACCUCCCUGUGCCCACAUCCGCCGCCGGCGCUCCUUGCUGCCUCGUUUUGUCAGGGAGACGAUGAGCACAUGGCUCGUCAACACACCACCCGUUGACCCCGCGCCAGAAACGACUCCCCUCGCCUCUGCCUUUGGGCAUGGCCCAUCAUCGCCUUUGUCGGCCACUUCCUCUGCACCAGCGGGCCAUGGCCCAAGUGAGCAGAGCCCUUUGUUUUUUUCCCUCCUGUUGGGUCCAGCCAGUUUCGGCCCAUGCUGUAUUUUUUUUCCCUGAACGAUUUUCCUUUUUUCCAGAGAACCCAGUUUUACAGGAAAUCCCCUAAACUUCAUGCA